AUGAAGGACGUAAAGAAAACAAAGGUACCGCUGCCUGGCGCGAAGCCGAAUCGGAAACCUCAGAGCGCCCCACCGAAAGCACAGUUGAGCCAGGAAACAAUCGAUACCGACAGCGAUUCUGCCAGCGAAAGCACAGCGCGACCGAAGAAAAUCGAGAGGCCAAAAGCCACCAUUGGCAUUCAUGUGAACGGUGUACCCAAGUCAAAGACCAAGCCUAGCAAGACAGACGCAAAUGCUUCUAAUUCUGCAUCGAAAUCUAAGCCCUCCCCGAAAAAACCGGCGUUGAAACAAAUCGUGACGGAGCGCGAUGUUGCAGACCUUUCCAGCUCCGAGGUCAGCGACGACGAUGCGUCAGCCCGAGACAUACAGACCAAGCUUCCAGGAAACGAUGCGAAGAAGGAUGCCUCGAGCGACAGCGAGAGUGGAAGCGAGAGCACAAGCGGCUCAGAGAGUUCUAGCGACGAAUCGGAUACUGAUGAUGCGCCGCAACCGACACGCAAUCCAGCACCAGCGCAACCCCAAACACAAGCACCAACACAGUCGCAUGCGGUAGAAUUUCAACCAACCAGGGCAUUUGUGCCCCCAAAAGGAUUUAAUCCUGUGCCACUGAACGACAAGACUAUUUCGAGAUCAUCGACAGGCUUGUUUGAAAACUUGCAAGGGAAGCAAGUAUGGCACAUUACUGCUCCUGCCGGUGUUUCGUUGAAAGACCUCAAGGAGCUUGCAAUGGAAAAAGUCAAGGGUGGAGAGGUGGUUUUGAGUCACAAGGGCAACGACUUUGGCUUCUCCCAAAUGAACAAGAGUGAGGCUGGCACACGACAAGUUUUUAUGCCUGGAAAGGAUGGCAUGAAGCCUGUGCCUGUCCCGAUAACGCAGAGUCUGCGUUUACGGCGUAUUAUGCAACUGCCAAAGCUCAGCUCGCUACAAGCCGACCAAAACACCGGCUCAGAAGCAGCAGCUUCAAUAACGCGAUCCACGAUUCGAGCACCACGACCCCAAGUCAAGGGCCUGAAAAUGCGCUUCCUUCCUACCGGCUUUACGGGCAAUGAUGCAGGAACUAUCGGCGACUCAGAUGAUGAGCUUGAGCCAGCUCGGGAAACUGCAGUGCUCGGAAUGCCAGAGUCUAGCAAAUCUUCCAAGAAGCAGAAGAGGAAGCAUGCCGAUGUAAACGGCACGGAGACAAGUGAGGCACCCGUGAAGAAGAGCAAAAAACACCAAGAUUCUGAAGAAGCCAAGCGGAAGGCGGAGAAGAAGGCUAAGAAGGAGAAGAAGCGGGCAAAAGAGGCGGCUUCUGUGGGUUCAUGA